CAAGGUCUUGAAAGUUGGAAAAAAGUAGUCUAUAAAUACGCGUAGAUUAUGGGUACCAAUUGGUGAUUAGUCACAAAGGAUUAAAAACAGAAAAUAAUAAAAAAUAAGAAACGAAAAGAGCGACUUCACGUUUUCCAUUUCCAAAAAUCCCCACACUCUCUCUCUUCUCUCAUUUUUUUCUUUCCCCCUCUCCCUCUAGCUCUCAUACCUCAGCUAACCAUCGCCACAGCCGCCGCUUCCCCUCUCUUUCGUCUCGAAUUCACCUGUGAAAGGAAACCGCAAGAUUCCGCCUUAAAUUCCCUCGGUUGAGACCUAAUCCAGACGCCGCCGAGCUAUGGAGAGAGAUUUCAUGGGGUUGGGAUCGCAGCACCUGAUGAAGGAGGAGACUCCUGCAGACUCCUCCGCCGCCAAGGAUUCCGUGACAAUGAGGAACUCUGGAGGAGCUCAGUGGUCAUUUUCUUCCCACAAGGUUUCUGCUGUUCCCCAGUUCUUGUCAUUUCAGACUGCUCCUGAAGACAAACCAAGGAAAAGUGUUUUUGAUCCAGUUGCCUCGUCGAGCUUCAUGUCUAUCUCAAAUGCUGAUACUUUUGACUCCGGCAACAAAAGGGGCUCUGCCUCCUUCAUGCAGAAAAAUUGGAUGCUUGAUAAAGAAGCCGGAAGCCAUCAUCGCACAAUGGCAGCUCGUCCAGUGCAACAACAUAAUAUUGAUGCAUUCCCUGUGGGAUCCACCAGGGAUAUUAGAAUGUUCCCUCUGUCCAACGGACACCAAAUUCAGCCGGUUCCUCUUUCUUUGGGCACUCCUGUUCUGCCGUCCCAUUUUGCUUCCGCUUCACAUAGUGGGUUUGGAAACUCGGUCUCCAUACAACCACUUGGUGGAGUUCCAAUCACAAUACCUAUUCCUGUCGUUCCAGCCACAACAAGCUCUGUCAUUGGUACUACUGACCUCCGGAACACCCCCAAGUUCUCUGGCUCCUCUGCCCAGUUAACCAUAUUUUAUGCUGGUUCUGUUUGUGUGUAUGAUGAAGUCUCCCCUGAACAGGCACAGGCUGUUAUGUCAAUGGCUAGAAGAAGUGGGUCAUCUCCAUCGCGUAGUAAUAGGCCGGUUUCAUCCAGAACUGCUCAAAUGCAGCCUGCUAUCCAAACCUCCCUUUCUCUGGAUCAUCAUUUUGCAGCAAACAAAUUCAGUAAAACACCCCCAGGGUCAAGCAUGCCGAGUCCCAUUUCUGUAAGCUCGAGUACCAGCAGUGAAUCCGGAACAGCCAGAUCUCUAGUGACGUCAUCUAGCAUCCAUGUCGAGUCAUCUUCGAUCCCAACUAGUUCCUGCGCAGGACCUGCUCCCAUUGCAGGACUGCCUCAGCAGGUUCGUAUACCCCAGGCUCGGAAAGCAUCGUUGGCUCGGUUUUUGGAGAAGCGCAAGGAAAGGGUAUCGAGUGCAUCGCCUUAUGCCGCAAGUAAGAACUCUUCGGAAGGGGAUGUGUGUGCGUGAAGAUGAAAGGUUCAUCAUCAGUCCAAGAGACCCCAACUUGCAAAGUCUUAAGAUAAAUUGGCACGUCGAAAUUAACGUUUUGUUACGGGCCAACAGAUUUUCCUUGAAAGUUUGAAGUUGUUAAAGUUGUUCUUUUUUGUUUACGAGAUUGUCAGGCAUUCAGCUCCAUUCUUUUUCGGCCUAUAUAUAUAUAGAGAGAGAUAUAUAUAUAGUGGGUAAAGAUUUAGAUAUGUUGUCGUCGAUGAUGUUUCGACGUAGUCGUAGGUAUGAAUCGAAUCGUUGUUCUUAUAUAUGUAGAGAGCUGAUCACUUGGAAUCAAAGUCAUCCUUUUGUACGGCCUGCCCGAUGCCCGAUGGACCUAUAAUGUUGAUUACUUCCCUAUGUCGUAAAAUUAUGGAAUUGGUAUUUAUAUUAAGUUGUUCUCCAAGCUUUAUUUCUUUUUGUAAUUGCGAUCAUUGCAACUGCAAUAGCACUUUGCUUCUAC